AUGGCUAUAUUUAGAUCAAAGUCUUCAAAUAAAACACCACAACAAGGUAAUAUAGAUAUAAAAAUAACAUCAAAAGAUCAAGAACAUUAUAAAGUUCAUACAGCUAAUGUUCAUGAUCCAAUAUUAACUGCAGUUAAUGAAGAACAACCAUUUGAACAAGCUGCUCAUAGACCAGAUGGUGAUAGAAGACCUUCUUAUUUAAGUAAUGAUUCAAAUGAUUUAAAAGAUAUUUUUGGUCAACCUAUUAAAAAUUAUGAUAUGAGUAAUCCAACAAGAAAUAGAAAUGAAAGACCUUUAGAUACUAUUCGAGGAUUUGAAUAUGCUAUAACUGGUGAUGUAACUUAUAGAGAUCAAUUAGAAAGUAAUAGAUUAGGUUGGGGUUUUCAUGAAGAUUUCCCUUAUUAUAAUUUAAAUGGUCAAUCAAGAAAUCAACAAGAUUAUAAUAAUAAUAACGGAGGAAUUGGAGAAAUUGGUAAUAGUGGUAGACCAAUUAUAAAUUUUGAUGAACAACCUGUUUAUCAAGCUGGUAAUUAUAGUGCAAGUUCUUUACAAGCUGAUGGUGGUAAAAAACAAAAAAAGAAAAAAGGAUUAUUUGGUAGAAAGAAAUAA